AUGCCAUCAGCCGCUACUGGUACAAACUCAACUUUUAAUACUUUAAAAUUAAGCAAAGAUAGAUUAAUCAAUACCAUUCAUGAAACAGCAAAAUGGGGAGCGAAAGGUGUUUGGGGUCCAAAUCCAACAGAUACUGGUGUUUGCAGAUUAGCUUUAUCCGAUUUGGAUAAACAAGUUAGAGAUUGGUUUGUUGAAGAAUGUAAAAAUUUAGGUUGUACCAUUAAAAUAGAUCAAGUUGGUAAUAUAUUUGCAAUUUACCCUGGGAAAAAUGAUGGUUUACCAACUGGUAUUGGUUCACAUUUAGAUACUCAACCAAGUGGAGGUAGAUAUGAUGGUAUAUUAGGUGUUUUAUCUGGUUUAGAAGUUUUACGUACUUUUAAAGAUAAUAAUUAUGUACCAAACUAUCCAAUUGCUUUAGUUAAUUGGACAAAUGAAGAAGGUGCAAGAUUCCCAGUUAGUAUGGUUGCAAGUGGAGUAUGGUCUGAAAAUAUCCCAUUAGAAACAUGUUUAAAUACAAUGUCUAUUGAUAAAGUACCUGUUUCCUUUGGUGAUGAAUUGAAAACAAUUGGUUAUGAUGGUGCUGUUCCAUGUUCAUAUAAAGAAAAUCCAUUAUAUAGUCAUUUUGAAAUUCAUAUUGAGCAAGGUCCAAUAUUAGAACACGAGAAUAAGAAAAUUGGUGUUGUUGUUGGUGGACAAGCAUUUGAAUGGAAUUUAAUAACUGUUACUGGUAGAGCUUCACAUGCUGGAUCAACACCAAUGGAUACAAGAUCAGAUGCUUUGUAUACAGCUUCCAAAAUCAUUCAAUUGGCUAUCGAGACGGCAAAGAAAUAUGAUGGUUUAGCUACCGUUGGUACAUUGGAACUAGAACCGAAAUCAGUUAAUGUUAUACCUAACAUUGUCAAAUUCUCAUUAGAUGUCAGACACUUUGAAGAUGAUAAAGUUGCAAUUAUAAUGAAAGAAAUUAAAGAGCAAGCUGAACAUAUAUGUCAAAUAAAUAUUAAUUCUAAAAAGGCAAAACCAUUGAGUGUAAAUUUUGAUAAUUUGGUCAAUUCAAAAGCUGUUAAAUUUCAUCCAAAUAAUAUCGCAACUGUUAAAAAAGCAGCAUUAGAAUUGUUUAAACCUGAAGAGAUUAGAGAAAUUGUAUCUGGUGCUGGUCAUGAUUCAUGUUAUUGCAACACUCGUAUUCCAACAUCAAUGAUUUUCAUUCCUUCAAAAGAUGGUUUAUCUCAUACUCCAGAAGAAUAUUCAUCACCAGAAGAAGUAGAUAAUGGAUUCAAAGUAUUAUUAAAUACUAUAAUUUUAUAUGAUGAAGCUAGAUUACAAGGUAGUGUAUAA